UUGGCCGAUUGUAUCAAUUGUUUAUAGUUUCCUGGUUACGGGGAGAGUCGUUGAAGCAGUGUGAGAUUGUAGGUGGGUAUCUAGUGAAUUAUAGUAGAAUUCGAAGAGAGGUGCAGCCGAGCUUGAGAGAGCCAAGAAAAAGACUUCGCGUGUAUCGUGAUAUGGCAAAAGACGAAUCCAAGAUACUACGGAAUGAAGGCAAGAUUCAAAAAGCAGAAUCAACUGAAAAAUCAAUGAAUAGAAGGCCUGAGAGUUCUCUAAAACAGACCUUAGGUAGAACUUCUGUUGGAAAAAACGCAAGAUCCAGAACAACAGAAUCUCGAUACUUGGGAACAUUAAAAAUGUUGGACACAAAGUCUUCAGGAAAUGCAACAUUUAAAUUCGAAACUGCAGACACAGUCAGAGCAUCCAUAUAUCAGGUAUGGCUAGAAAAGAAGAAACAAGUCAUUCAUGAACAGCAGAGAAAACAAAAGCUAAAAGAGCAGCAGGAAAAUGAAAGGAGAGAACAGGCAUUUGAAAAAUGGAAAGAAGAGAAAGAUAUGCAUCAGAUGGAAAAGCUUAAGAAACAAAAAGAAAUUGAAAAACAGAAGAAGAGAAAAGAAAAGGAAGAAGUAACUGAAAAGAAGAAAGAAAAUGUUGCAGCAUUAACUAAAUGGAAUUCAAAUAAAAAAGUAGCAUUGAAGCAAAAGAUGAAGGAAAAUGCUAAGGAAGAACAGAAGAAGAAAACUGAAGAAGCGUAUACAAAAUACGAGAGAGAAGAGAUGGCAUCAACAAUGUAUGAGAAGUGGCUGGAACAAAAAGAAAAGCAGCAAAGGCAUGAUAAGAAGCAAAGGAAAAUCAGAAGAAUCUUACAACAUAGUGAGUCACCACCUCCCUGGAGCCCCCCUAAUAAAACAAUACCAUUUGGAAAGUGAACAUUACACAGUGGUGAAUAAACCUUGAACUUUGCUUUUUCA